AUGGAAUCUGUAGUUUUGCCACUGUUGACUGAGGCUGCGAAACCCAUGAUCGAGGUACUAAUGAGUAGAGUCACGGCGGAGAUCCACUCCUUCCGGGGCUACGAAGAAGAUCUCAGUAAGCUUCAAAGCAAGAUCCAAAUCAUCUCAAACACUGUGCUCCACAUGACUGCUACUAAUACCACUAGUAGUAGUAACACUAUGGAUUUCAGUUGGACGAUAUGGAUCUCGGACUUGAAAGAUUUCAAUAUACAGAGGAUACUGAAUAAAAUGGUUGAGUUUCUUGGGAGGGGAAAUUAUGAAGAUGCUAGCAGCGAAAUAGCAAUCAGAAAACUUCAAGAGUAUCUAAGUGGGAAGAGAUAUCUACUUGUGUUGGAUGAUGUUUGGAAUACUCAUCAAGAAACUUGGGAUACAAUGAGAAAUUCAUUGGAAAGAAUUGGUGGUUCCAUCGAUAGUAUGGUGUUGGCAACUACUAGAGGAGAUAAUGUUGCGGAGACAAUGCACGCUUCUGUAGUCCAUCGUUUGUCACACAUCUCAGAAGAGGAUAGUUGGUCGUUGUUCAAGGAAAUUGCCUUUGCAAAUAGGCCGGAAGGAGAUGUUUUCGCAUUAGAGGCUAUUGGGAGGAAGAUAGCAGAAAAAUGCAAGGGUGUUCCGUUGGCUAUAAAGUCAAUCGGAGGACUAAUGCUACGGAAGAAAACCCAUUCUGAAUGGAUGACUAUUGAAGAAAGUAGUCUAUGGAAUAUUUCAUUUGAUGAGACUGGGAUAUUGCCAUCCUUGAAGCUCAGCUAUGAUUAUUUAUCGUCUUCGUUCUUGAAGAAAUGUUUUUCACUGUGUGCUAUUUGGCGCAGGGGUAUUUGGUUCGAAAGAUACGAUCUAAGAGAUAGAUGGAUGGCUUUGGGGCUUAUUCAGAAAUCUAAUGAUGAAAAUACGACUUUGGAGGACAUUGGCGAUGCGUAUUUUAAUGAGUUGUUAAGUAUCUCCUUCCUGCUUGUAUACGAGAGAAAUGAACUUGGAGACCCGUUCAUAUAUAUUUUACAUGAUCUAGUGUAUGAUCUUGCAAGAUUAGUUGCUUCGCAUGAAUGCCUGUAUUUGGAAUCUGGUAAGAAGGUGAAUAAUGUUCUUGACAUCCAACAUGUAACUGUGGUUGGACAUGCCGAAAUAACUUGGAAUUUUCCUGACAAGUUGGUUCUUGAAAAUAUAUGUUCACUGGAUGUCUUGGGGAAGUUACCAGAAGGAUUAUUAAUGCAUGUGAAGUAUUUGCGUGUACUAUCUAUAGAACAUUCAUAUAUAGUUACUGUACCAAAGUCGUUUGCUAGAUUGAAAUGUUUGAAGUUCCUUGAUUUGGCAAAUAAUCCUAUCCAAGUUUUGCCUGAAUGCAUCAUGGAAUUGUAUAACUUGCAAAGUUUGAUUCUUUACCAUUGUAAUCAGCUGUUGGAAUUACCUGGAGCUGGAGGCCGAUUAAGUAAUCUGGUUAAUCUGCGGCAUCUUGGCUUGAGUUUUGAUCUUUGUCCAGCUGAAGGGGUGAUCCGACAAUUGAAUCAAUUGCAAAUUCUUCCACCUCUACGGAUGACUAAAGGGGGAUUUCAGAUUUCCGAGUUAGGAUGUUUGCAUCAGAUAAGAGGCAAUUUAGAAAUUAAAGGCCUUGAACUCAUCAAAUGCAAGUCAGAUGCUGAAAUGGCCAAUUUGUCAACCAAGUCCAAAGUUGAACAGCUGCGAUUAGUUUGGGACAGUGAGAACAACUGCAUAAACCAUGAGGAGGUGUUGGAUGCGUUAUAUCCUAACUUGAAUUUGAAGCUACUCUUCAUAAAAGGUUAUGCAGGUGACAAAUUUCCAACAUGGGUCACGAGGAUGAAUACAAACGCAGGGGUUCUGUAUAACCUCAUUAAGAUUCAGCUUAUUGAUUGUGGAAGAUGCGAGGAAUUGCCAACAUUGGGGCACCUUCCUUCUCUUAAAAAGCUAGAGAUUACAAAUAUGUUAAGCUUGAAGCGUAUAAAUCCAGAGUUCUAUGAUUCAAGUACCAUAAGCAGCUGUUCAAUGGAAUAUUUCACAAGUUUGGUUUAA